UAUGACAUCUCCGCACUGGCGCCGGUGUUGCCGAUCCGCAGCUUGUAUUCUGCUCAAUGACAGCCCAUACAAAUUCUGGACACCCGGAUAAUAAUAAUACACGGUGAUAAUCCUGUGGCAACGAAUAUAAACUUCGCGCCUUUUAGUUCUCAAGCGUCGUCGCCCAACGUCGCUUCCGGCACGAGUACAACAUGAUUGGUACGCAAAACUCCCGAAAUCACCAGCCAUGCGCUUCCCACGAAGAUCCACGACGGAAUUGCCCGACGAGGUCCUGCGGCCAGAGACCAGUUACAGGCCUCGAAUCAGCCUCUGGAGAUCAGAUCAUCCUCUUUCAUCGCGCAGUGCCGAUAUAUGUAUUAAUACUCCGAUUUCGUGUUAUGUAGCGGUAGUCGCCGCGACUGGCCAUGGAUCACAAUCCUUUUUUUUUUGUUGCGCUGCCUCAAGAAACUCAGUGCCAGUGUACAUAUACGCCGUAUUGGCUGACUGCGAGGCAUAUUCAAAGAGUCACACCGUACCUGAUGUAUUUGUAUGGAGCAGCAUUCCUUUAGCCCACGAAGUACGGAGUACACCGAACGGACAUUUCGCACAUCCUUACCCAUCCACCGAAGCCUUCCUUCAUUUUAAUAAUAGUAGAGGCUUACUAUACCUGCACACCGGAGAUGAUCUUCCUUCUGGGAUAAGUUGCAUUUCUCCCAAGCCAUCCAGCCCAAUCCAUGGCUCGCUCCGUGUCGCGUGUCGGCGAUGAAUGAAACUUUGGCCCCCAUAUCUACAUGCGGCUUUCCAAAGUUCGAAUGAGCAAACCAUCUUCCCCCCUUCUCGAUCAAUAGUAAUUUCCAUCUGAGCGUUCCUCUCCCGCUCUCUACUCCGUACUCCGUACUCUUGUUUUUGGGUUUCUCCAACAUUUCCUCCUUUCCAUGUGCCCAAGAA